AUGGUGGUGGAGAUGCAGCUGCUGAUGGGGCUCUCGGCCACGGCGUUCGCCACGACGGGGAUGGCAGCGGACGGCGGGUUCACGGACUUGGAAUUCGAGAGCGCGGCGGGGUUCGAUCGCGGUGCGGCGGCGUAUUGGUGGACGAUUUGGGGGGCCGCUGUGGCGUGGCAGAUGUCGUUCCUGGGGACCGCGGGGAUGGUGUUCCUGACAACGUCGCUGACGGGCGGGGUGUGCACGACGGCGCUGCUGGCGGUGAACGUGGCCGGAGGGGUGGUGGUGUACAGCGACGAGUUCGGCGGCGUGAAGGCGCCACCUCCUUCCUCGGCACCGCCCAAUUUUCUGGUGUUUAAUGGGGAAAAUCGUGAGAGAGAAAGAGGUAGAUGGGAGAGUAUGAUUGAACUUGCAGAUAUAGUUUUAUGA